UGUAAAAUGAGCAAAUCGAAAAGAGCAGUUGUGUUUGGUUUGUGAGGCUGCCAAGAGCGAAAAACGAACGUGGACGAUGAAUAAAAUAUUUGGGCUACUCUUUGCUCUGUGUCCGCUGCUCGUUUGGCCCACGCCCGGAAAUGGCCAGUCGCCGGAUGAGUCCCGCCUCCUGGUGGCCAUCCACUACGAGGCCCUGUGCCCGGACAGCAUGAGCUUCAUCCGGCGCCGUUUGUACGAUGCUCUGCAGGACAACGACUGGUGGUCGGUCACCGAUCUGAAGCUAUAUCCAUUUGGCAAGGCGGGAUUCUACAACAACACAUCCACUGGCGAGAGACAAGUGUUUUGUCAGCACGGCGUGGAUGAGUGCGAACUGAAUGCGCUCCAUGCCUGCAUUAUUGAGACCCUGGGCAUCCGGAAGGCCUUCAAUAUGAUCUACUGCAUGCUGCGCUCCUACUCGAACGAGCUGGACUCGUGCUCGAGGAGCAUGGGUGUGGACGUCAGCAAGGCCAGGAGGUGCAAGGCAUCGCGAACCACACCAGAUAUACUAGCGCCCUACGGCAAGGAAACCCUUAAGCUGGGCAUCUCCUUUGUGCCCACCAUUGUGUUCGAGAAUGACUUUGAUCCUUACGCUCAGAGAAGCAUUCGCAACAACUUCGAAAGACACUUCUGUCGGCAGUAUCUGAAGGAGUUCAACAUCAAACUGCCCACUUGUUCCGCAAUUUUGUAAACUUUCAUGUAAUGUACUGAGUCAUUUAACUGUUUCAAUGUUCCAAGACCAAUAAACCAAUAACUAUAACCAA